AUACUAAUAGCUGGAACACGGGUUGGGUCGGGUUCUACGGGUUGUGUAAUCCAAAAUCCAAACCCAACCCAAAAGAGGCGGGUUGUACAAAACAAAACCUUCACCCAACCCAAAACCUUCGUUUUAACGAUAAAUACGGGUGGGUUGGAUCGGAUUAGACGGAUAGGUCGAUUUACGGGUGUGUUUGUUCACCCCUAUCUACACUGAUAUGAAAAGUGGGGAGACCAUAUUUAGGAAUGGCUUUUUGUCUUAUCCAAACCAAAUUUAGCCCCAAAUCCUCCUUUUUUUUGUAACUUUUAGCCAUUAUUGUAGGUGGUGUUUUACAAUUUUGCCCUUUUUAGAGAGCCAUUGACAUGGUCUCAUUUUUGCAUCAAUUUAAGGUUCAUUCAAUAUUUUCCUUUGCCGCAUUUAAAUAUAUUUUUGUUGUAUUACCAAUUUACCAUGAUAUUCACUACUGACUAACCCAUCGCUAUAAGUGAUAGCACGAAGCAACAAAUAGUUGAACACAAAACGCCCUUAAUAAUCAAACGAAUAGUCCCACAAAAAAUAAAUUACAGAUAGAACGACUUGUUCUACCACUUAGAAACAAAAUAUUAUGCUUCAAAAAGACAUUAGAGGCUAAAAAUAUUAGCCAACGAUUCUCUAAUCAACAACAAGUAAUGUUUCUCCCGGCAAGGCUACAGUAACAAUUCUAUCGAAAAGAAAUGAGUUAUAUCGUAUGUUUCUAAAAUUAUACAAAGGUAAAUACAUGCCUUGCAGAGACACAUUUCUAAUAUACGUCUGUAUACAACCAUUUUUCUUGUAUUGUGUUAUCUUAUAAUUUAAUAAUUAGCAAAGUUGUCAAACCGGUUUAAGUCAUUGAAUCAGUCAAAUAAAGGGUUUGAGGUUUAAUGAUCUCAUCGGGGUCCGACCAGUUUGAGGCGUUUUAGACGUUUUCUAAAUAUAUAUACAAAUAAGGUAGUAAUUAAAGAUUUAAUGACUGAAAUUACAUUUAUCUUACAUAUAUCUAUGUUAAAAAAUUAUUUUCCGCAAAAUAAAUCUACCUAACCUUCAUGACCCACCUACCAGCUCCCUUCAUUCGUUCCUCUUCCUCUCUUCCCCCUCUCUUCUUCUCCCUCUUUAGGGGUCAGACUGGAAGCUUUCUGAAGGCUGUUUUGAAGCCCGGCUUCAGUCGGACCGGCUCCAACCGAGGUCUAAUAGGGGUUAAACAACCUUGAUAAUUAGGGAAGCUUUGUCUAGAGUUUAGUUAUGAAAGAUUAUAACAUAGUACCAUACUCCAAAAUUUCGAUUAAUUCGUGAUCUACAUAUAUAGUCCGGUAUCACUAUGGUAAAUGCCAAAUUUACUAGGCACAAUAUAUCCUAAAUAAAAUUACAUAUUUAUCAACUAGCAAUGGGACUCCACUGACUUCUAGUCACCAGUCUAGUUUAUUAUUUGGAUUGCUGGCUCACAAAUUGGACCUUUAUUUCUUGAAAAUUUUGAGGGCCACAAAACAAAUUUCUGUGGCGGAGGACCGAGUCCCCUACCUGCAGUGCAGAGCUUGGUUUCUUUUCUUCCCUCAUUUGCAGGCCGCCCUUUUAAAUGUUUCAGGUUCAGCGUUUACAGUUGCAGUUAGUUGAUGGCAGCAAGACUCCUUCUCAAAAGUUUCCGGUUGGCCGGCUGCAGACUUCAUGCCAUAGUCUAAUGGCGGUGCCGCCACAUCCAAGUACGGCUUCUUUUAUAUAACUCAUCAGUUUAUGUAUACGGUCUCUCUAGAUUUCUCGAAUCAAUUAGCCUAGAAAAAACGUAAACUAAAGGAGACAGAAAUAUAUGGAUAUGAAAAUUUUAUGAGUUGUCAAAAAGCGGGAUGGGUCCACGGUAUGAUCAGAUAAAUCACGAUCUGGACUAGAUCAAAAGAGCAAAACAUCCCACAAAUACAAAUCAUGGACCAAUCUCAAUUUUUUUUUAACGAUCUACGAUCUGGCUCACAUUGUGCCCACUCAGGUAUCGUUUGCUUGUGGGAUUUGGGUAAUGGAUUUGGCACCCAAAUUCCAAGCAUCAUGGAUUUGACACAACUCUAUUGUUUGAUAAGGGACACAAAUCUGUGGGGGCCACGGAUUUGAACCCUUUUUUUAGAUCCAAAUCCGUGGACCCCACGGAUUUGCAAAUCUCAUAUUUCAUUUAGGAUUUGAUAAUGGAAGGCAAAUUUGUGAGACAAAUCAAUGAUAAAUCCAUGAUAAAAAUUAACCAAACAAACAAUGAACUCUUCCAAAUCCAUAAUGCAACAAAUCCAUCAUAAAUCCAAAGAUUUUUAAAACUCAAAAUCCUCAUUUUUCAAAUUCAACAAGCAAACGAGUCCUUCAGUUUUGUUCCAUAAUUUAUCAAAUGAUCUUAUAUAUUUUUCCCGCGUUAGUUUUCUUCAAGAUGGAACUGAUGAUGACGGGAAUAGGCCACAGUCCACCGGCGUGCAGGGCCACAACUCCUGAUCCAACUAUUUCCACUUUGAAAUAGAUUGGACCUUUGGUUUUCAUCUUAUAAGCCCCAAUAGGUGUCCAUCAAAACUGAUUGGGCCGUUGGAGAUUCUUCCAUUGGGCCUAAAUCAUUAUCCAUCCACAGGCCACAGUAUCCCAUGAUGCAAUUAAAAGAUCGAAUACUUGGGGGCAAACAAACCAUUAUUCUUUGCCACCUUAAAACCAAGAAGCAAGCAGCUAGGUAAUAAUGAUGGAAGUAGUGCUUUCUUGCCCUCUUCUUCAACCUCAUUAUGCCACUCCUAAUCCAAGAAACCCUUCAGAAUAUACCUCUCUUUCUCUUUUCUUCUCCCUCUUUCGUGUCUUCCAUGCAUAUCCUUACUCCCAUAAUGUGUCUAUAUAUAUAUAUAAACAUGGAUGGUUCCAUUCCUCUCCAUGAACCCUAAAACCUAACUCUCUCCACAUUCAUCCUUUCGAAAGAUAACGAGUACUCAACCUCGAUCGAUGGUGGGACGUCUGCUGCAUGGGACCCUGGCUGUUACCAUAUAUGAGAUUGAUAGCCUCAACAAUGGAUGUGGCCUUGACAUGUUCUCUAAGUGUGAUGGGCCGCAAAAGAUCGGAAGAAGGUUUUUAUCCAAAUUCAAACGCGUAUUAUUUUGCCGACCAGAGAUUGGUGGAUCGAGAUUAUAUGCUACAGUCGAUUUGGACAAGGCAAGAGUUGGAAGAACUAGAAUCCUCACCAAAGAGCCUUCCAACCCUAGAUGGUAUGAAUCCUUUUGGAUCUAUUGCGCUCACACAAUCAACCACAUCAUCUUCACCAUCAAAGACGAAGACCCAGUUGGAGCCACACUGAUCGGAAGAGCUUACAUCCCUGUGGAAGACAUCAUCAAAGGAUACAUCGUCGACAAAUGGGUCCCCAUCCUCGACGACGAUUACGACAAAGCCCCCCUUCCUGGAAACCCUCGAAUCCACGUCAAAAUUCAGUUCUUCAACAUCGCCUAUGAUUCUAACUGGUCGCAAGGAAUAAAAAACCCCAAGUACGAAGGCAUCCCCUAUGCUUUCUUCAACCAAAGGCAUGGGUGCCAAGUAACCUUGUACCAGGAUGCUCACGUCCACGACAACUUCAUUCCAAAUGUUCAUUUGGGACCAGAUAGAAAGUUAAUGCAGGCGAAUAGAUGUUGGGAGGAUAUCUUUGAAGCCAUAAGCAAUGCGAGGCACCUCAUUUACAUAACCGGAUGGUCGGUUUACACCGAGAUCACACUAGUGAGGGACCCGAAUCGGCCGAAACUCGGAGGUGAUAUGAAGCUAGGUGAGCUCCUAAAGAUGAAAGCGGACCAAGGUGUGACCGUUCUCAUGUUGGUCUGGGAUGAUAGAACUUCAGUUUCAGAGUUUAAAAGGGAUGGGUUAAUGGCAACCCACGAUCAAGAGACUGAAGCCUAUUUUAGAGACACAAAGGUGAAGUGCAUAUUAUGUCCUCGCAAUCCUGAUGAUGGAAGGAGUAUAAUUCAAGGGUUUGCAAUCUCAGCUAUGUUCACACAUCAUCAGAAGACAGUGGUUGUGGAUGCUAGCAUGCCAUCAGGAGUGGGGGGAGGUACUGAAGAGUCUUCGAAAAGAAGGAUUGUGAGCUUCAUUGGAGGAAUCGAUUUGUGCGAUGGUAGAUAUGAUACACAAGAUCAUCCAUUGUUCAAGACGUUAGACACUGUUCAUCAUGAGGAUUUCCACCAACCAAACUUUCCAGGAUCGUCGAUUACGAAAGGAGGUCCACGAGAACCAUGGCAUGACGUUCAUUGCAAGCUAGAAGGUCCGGUUGCAUGGGAUGUUCUUUAUAACUUUGAACAAAGGUGGCGGAAACAAGUUGCAGAUAUUAAUAACAAAAAUUUGUUGAUCCCACAAGAGAAACUAGAAGGGUUGAUCUCGCGUCCAAUGCCAGUGUUGCAGUCUAACGAUCAAGAGGCAUGGAACGUUCAGAUCUUUCGGUCCAUAGACGGUGGAGCGGUUUUAGGGUUUCCUGAAAAGCCGGAGGAGGCUGCAACUGUUGGGCUUAUUAGUGGUAAAGAUAACGUCGUUGACAGAAGCAUUCAGGACGGGUACAUUCACGCCAUUCGAAGGGCCAAGAAUUUCAUAUACAUCGAGAACCAGUAUUUUCUUGGGAGCUCUUUCGGGUGGAAGCAAAGUGGAGAUAUUAAAGUGGAGGACAUUACUGCUUUACAUCUCAUACCUAAGGAAUUGUCGUUGAAGAUUGUGAGUAAGAUCGAAGCAGGUGAGAGAUUUGUAGUGUAUGUUGUGAUCCCAAUGUGGCCAGAAGGGAUUCCGGAGAGCGAAUCCGUUCAAGCGAUAUUGGAUUGGCAAAGGAGAACGAUGGAGAUGAUGUAUUCUGACAUUUCUGAAGCUCUUAGAAGGAAAGGGCUCAACACGAGUCCUAGAGAAUACUUGUCGUUCUUUUGUCUUGGAAAUAGGGAGACCAAGAAGAGCGGCGAGUACGUGCCUCAGGAGACUCCAGAGCCCGAUUCUGAUUAUGCCAAAGCUCAACUUUCUCGUCGAUUCAUGAUUUAUGUCCAUGCAAAGAUGAUGAUUGUUGAUGAUGAGUAUAUAAUUAUUGGGUCAGCAAACAUCAACCAAAGGUCGAUGGAUGGUGGUAGAGACACUGAGAUUGCAAUGGGAGCAUUUCAGCCGCAACAUAUAGCAACGAGUAACCAACAACCAACAGGCCAAAUAUAUGGGUUUCGAAUAGCAUUAUGGUAUGAACAUCUAGGAGUGCUUGAGAAGUCAUUUCAAUAUCCAGGGAGCGUGAGGUGCGUGCAAUUGGUGAAUCAACUUGCAGAGGAUAAUUGGGAGAAAUAUGUGAGCAAGACUUUCGAUCACGAUCUUUCAGGUCACUUGCUUAGGUAUCCCAUUGAAAUUGGUAACAACGGAGUCAUCACCAAUUUUGGGGAGAUGAAUUUCCCAGACACCAAUGCUCCCGUCCUAGGCCGUAAAGCGGAUUAUCUCCCGCCAAUUCUCACCACAUAAGAUUUGUUAUCACUAAUAUGAUCAGUGAAUGAUCUAAAAGAUAUGUACAUAAGGAAAAAAAACAAUAAAAGAGUAAUACUAAUGUAUAUGUACUAUCCGAAAUUAUUAAAUGUGCCAAUUAGUUUCAACACUUUCAUGCUCUUUUACUAGAAACAAAAGUUAUUAAUCACAUCAUUAUGUAUAUACUUUUCUGCAAAUGAUUGUUCUACAUUAUCCUACUUAGUUGAAGGGUGAUUUCGUCUCUGAGGUGACUCACCCAUGCGUACGCACAACACCACAUAUAACGUUAGAUUAACGGUGAACUCGAUGAAGUGGUAAUGUUUGUGAAAAGUAUAAUUGUCUCAUAUUUGAGAGUACUAUAACUUAUUUAAUAGAAAGUAGAGGGGCUUAGUUGUUAAAAUCAGUAAAGUAGAGUAUCUUAAAGAUCAUUUACCAAAAUUAAAUAAACGGAUUAAGUUGAUGAGAUCAGCGUACCCACAAAGCAGAUCGAGCACUCUCAUCAAAUUUGGGGAAUCGAACGGUGGAGAUGAAGUUCACGUAGCAGGUGCACCAGAAUCUGCAGUUUUCUCGACCAUAGACAACCAUUACCCCAUUCUAAUUUCUUACGCCUAGAACAACUCAUUCUUCUUCUUCCCCUUCCCCUUCCCCUUUCGCUUCUUCCGCUCACUCCCUCGUCUCCCUCCUUCGCCGCCGCCAUCUCCGGCCAGGGAAACUUUUCCCCCCCCGCACUUUCCUCUCCUUUUUCUAAUAAAUCGAGAUUAAGAGCUUCAAUCUGUAGGGAAGGAAUUCUUGAGCCGGAAAUCGGAAGGGCCUCGGGCGUCGGAGACCAAAAGAAAGGCCUUUGGUUGAAUCGGUGACCGGAGUGCCCUUUUGUUUGGCGGGGGUCGGUUGAGGAAGGAGACAAAUCGACGAUAACCCAGUUAAUUUAAAAAGGAAAUUUCCCCAAUUUGAUUCCGAUUUCCAUUACUAUUCAAUCAUGCAGUUUUUGAGGUCUCCCUCUCUCUCUGUUCUGUCUAUCUCUCUCUAACGCAUCUCUGCCCCUCGAAUCUUCGCUUUAGUGAUUCCGAAUUUGGAUCAGAGUUUGAUAUCCCUCUGUUUUCAGGUCUGUUCGGAGUCUCCUUCCUCGACUUGGUGAUUUGCAGCUAAGAUCUUCAGCGUGGCGCCUGUAAAUGCAGUUUUGUAGGUUGUUUCCCCCUUGGAUCUGCCAUCUCUUUGCAUGCAUGGGGUGAGCUUUUCUGGAUUCUCCUUUUGUUGCUUCUGAAUAAGAUGAGACAAGAUGAGAUACUGUUCAAGAGCUCUGAAACAGUGGAGAAAAUCCACCUCUUUUCUUUCAACUGUUUUUGUUUGGUACAAAGCUAGUGAGAAGGGGGGUUGCGAUCUAGGUUUUCAUCUAGAGACCAGUUUUUAGGCAUACCCCGGAAGCUUUUGGUCCUUUAGUUCGCAAAAAAUGUGGCUCUUUACCUGGCUUUUCAGCAGAUAGGGAUGGGUGUUACCGUUGUGUAUAUCAAGCUUGCCUGCCUCAGCUUGAUUUGGUAUCUUUGUUUUACUACUCUUUGCUUCGUCUGUAAGUAAAAGCUUCACUUGUGGGGAACAUAAGAACAAACAAAGAUUGGCUUUUCUUGUCGCCCCUUUCUUUCCUUGAAAGAAUGAGCAACUUGGGACAUUCUAUUCUCCAAUGGGAUUGCUUGCGGGCAGAAGCUUUUUUGUUGUAGGAAGUAAUGUUCUCUACAUGUUGUGUCCUGAACCAGACUGAGAGAUGUGUUGGGAGGAAACCUUGCAGUUCUUUUGUAUUGCUUUCUGGAGCAUAUUUCCGUGUUGUGGCACGCAUGGGAAUGGAAGGAUUUAGGAGUAAAUGGAAGGGUAUUUUCAGUGUGAGAAGCUUUCAGCUUUGUUUGUUUUCUUCUCUUUCUUCAUUAAUGUUUUGUUUCUAGAAUCGGCCUACCUUUUACAUAUGAGAUAGAAAUUAUCGCUGAUGGCAUUCCCCAGUUCCCUGUGAACUGAAAGUUCAGGGAGUUCACACCCUACCAGCUACUGGAUUUAUAAUCUUAUUCCUGGUCUCGGAUUUUAUUUGCAUUGAAUGCUGAUAAGUUUGUGUAAUGGAAUAGAUGUAUGCGUGCUUAGUUUCCCAUUUCCAUGUACUACCACAUGGAAAAUUGAUAGAUUUAAGCUUACAGAAGCCAUUGUAUUUUGCAUAUCCAUUUGCAACGUUUGCACACCAAUCGGGCUUCAAAUUUUAGGUCAAUAAUUCAUGUAGCUUGAAGGAUAACUCUAACUCCUGUCUCCUGCCAGUGAUGAAUUUCAUAUUUUAUUAGAGAAUGUAUAUUUGCAUUGUUUCGUAGCUGGCUCAUUAAAAUAAAUUACUGGCAAAUGG